GCGCCUCGUACGCAAGCGGUCGAUUCAGCAAGAGCAUGCAGUUCCAGGUCACCGGCUUCCGGGAAGCGCAAGAAAAGGGCUCCAAAUUCAUGGUGUACACCACCCGUGUGCAGCACCCGUCGGGCGCCCACUGGACCGUGCCGAUCCGCUAUAGCCGCUACCACGAGUUCUACACGCAGGUUUCCAAGUCGGACAAGGCGGUCGCGGGCCUUCCGUUCCCGCCCAAGUCGUUCUUUGCGCCGUCGAGCGACAAGCGCAAGUCGCAACUGGAUGCGUUCAUGACGCAGUUGGCGCCGUUGACGCUCUCCGAGAAGGGCGAGCAGCUCCUCGAUGGUCUCCUCCACAUCGCCAAGCACGUGACGGCCCACGAAGAAGAGGAAAAGAAGUCGGCGGUCGUGGCCAAUCCCGAAGAAGAGGAAGAGGAGGAAGAUGCGAUCGAUGAGGUCAGCAGCAACCAAGACACGCACGACGACGACGUGCCUGUCGACGCCAACAACAACAAGAACGACGAAGAAGACGCCGUUGACCCCGUCAAGGAAGAUGAUGCGACUGUGGACGGUGUCGCGGCCGUGCAGUCGGCGGAAGCGGCCGUCAACAUGAUCUCCAAGAUCUGCCUCAACUUUGAAGCCAAGAAGGCCCAGAAAAUCGAAGCGGAAGCCAUCUCGACUGUCGUCACCGAGACGCCGGCAGCUGUCGAAGUCGCCGAGCCCGUAACGGCACCCGUUGUUCAAGAGCCGGUCCCCGUCACGGAUGUUACCGCUACAGCCGAGGUUGUCGCGACGCCCAUUGAUGAUACCCCCGUCGCAAUUGAAGCCCCCGUCGUCACCGAAGCCCCCGUCGUCACCAAAGCCCCCGUCGUCACCGAAGCCCCCGUCGUCGUCACCGAAGCCCCCGUCGUCGUCACCGAAGCCCCCGUUGCUGUUGAAGCUCCUGCUGCCGUUGAGAUCCCUGCCGUCGUUGAAGUGCCUGCCUCUGUUGAAACCGUUGUCCCUGCCCCCGAGGUGGCCGUUGCGCCUGUCCAGGUAGCCGUCGCGCCCAUCCAGGUCGAUGGCCAGAAGAUUGCCCGUGUCGAGAUUGUGACACCCGACCAAAUUUUGUCCCCGGCUCUCGUGACCAAGGCACGACCGACCUUCCACAGUAUUGACGUCAGCACGACCGACGACGACGAGACGUAUGCGACCACGAAGGCGCUGAGCGAAGACCAGAAGAAGCGCCGGAACCGUCGCCGGGCGCAGAAGCGGAAGAAGGCCAAGAAGAGCGCGUCGGGCUCGUCGGGCUCGGACACGGCCCAGCCCGUGUCGCCGUAAACCCCUUCUCUGUGCUCUUACGACUAUGAACCCCAUUUGUACCACCACAACAAAUACAUAAAUAUUAAUGCGUAUACCUUGUCAAUGGA